AUGCAGACUGCUUCUACAAACAUUGGUGAAAGACUGUGCAAUAAGUCCAUCUGUGACAGUUCUUUGCUACUAAAUAUUCCACGGUCAACUGUUAGUGGGAUUAUAACAAAGUGGAAGCAACUGGGAACAACAGCAACUCAGCCACAAAGUGGUAGGCCAUAGAAAAUGACAGAGCGGGGUCAGUGCAUGCUGAAGCGCACAGUGCACAGAAGUCACCAACUGUCUGCAGAGUCAAUAGCUAAAGACCUCCAAACUUCGUGUGGCCUUCAGAUUAGUACAACAGCAGUGUGUAGAGAGCUUCAUGGAAUAGGUUUCCAUGGACGAGCAGCUGCAUUCAAGCCUUACAUCACCAAGUGCAGUGCAAAGUGUCGGAUGCAGUGGUGUAAAGUAUGCCGCCACUAAACUCCAG